GGUGAGGAGCCUGAAGCUCAGGAAAGAAGCAGAUGAUAUGGCAGCUUUGAGAGCGACCAGGUGGAACUUGCUUUGUUACCGCGGCUAAACGUUUGUUAUGAAAACCGUCUGAGUUCCGGAGAGUCACCGGCUGCUCGAAAUGAUUUACUUAAUUCUGAUUUCCGCUUUCUGCGGAGCGGUGGUCACGUUGGUGUUACAGUUUCUGCUCAUAUACAGGAGGAACCCCGAGCCCAUAGGCAGGACCGUUCAGUAUGUCAAAGUGGUGCCCGAUAACGCGUUGAGGGAUUACUUUAAUACCCCGCACGCCGAACCGAGCCAGCAGCAGGACACCGCAGCAUCUGCUGCAUCCAGACAGCCAGAGGCCGCCGUCACAAAGCAGCAGGACGCGGCUGUCAGCGGCGGCAGCCCCAAGCAGCAGCAGCCGCCACCGCCUUCGUUUACCGAGCCCAUCGAUGCGGGCAAAGCCGAAACGUGUAAUUUCCUAAACGCAAUAUUUUUGUUCCUGUUCAGAGAGCUCCAACACACCCCUGUGGUUCGGCACUGGCUCACCAAGAAAAUAAAGGUGGAGUUUGAGGAGCUGCUGCAGACCAAGACAGCCGGCCGGCUCCUGGAGGGGCUCAGUCUCAGGGACAUCUCCCUGGGAAAUUCUCUCCCGGUCUUUAAAACGGCCAAACUUAUGAAGCCGGUCCACCUGAACGAGGACGGCAUGCCCGAGGAGCUCAACUUCGAGGUGGACAUCGAGUACAAUGGCGGCUUCCAUUUGGCCAUAGACGUGGACCUGGUGUUUGGAAAGUCUGCUUACCUGUUCGUCAAGAUGAGGCGCGUGGUGGGCAGAUUAAGGCUGCAGUUCACGCGCAUGCCCUUUUCCCACUGGUCGUUCUCCUUUCUGGAGGACCCGCUGGUGGAUUUUGAGGUGAAGUCCCAGUUUGAAGGAAGGCCUCUGCCCCAGCUGACGUCAAUCAUAGUUAACCAGCUGAAGCGGGUCAUCAAGAAGAAGCACACCUUACCCAACUACAAAAUCAGAUACAAGCCCUUCUUUCCUUUCCAAGUGCAGCCCCCGCUGGGGUCAGCCUGUGAUGUGGACCUGUCGGUCCAGGACAGCAAGCUGGUGGAAGGCCGACUCAGAGUCACGCUCACUGAAUGCAGCAGAUUGUUUAUUCUGGGUUCCUACGACAGAGAAACCUAUGUUCACUGCACCCUGGAGCUGAGCAGCCAAGAGUGGAAGGAGAAGACUCGCAGCUCCAUCAAAGGGACGGAGGUUAUCAAAGGACCAUGUGGCAAUGUGGGCAUGACGUUCAGACAUGUUCCAGCCAGCGAAGGGGAUGCAGUCCAUGUCAGCAUAGAGACAGUCACGCCCAACUCACCUGCUGCCUUGGCCGACUUACAGAAGGGUGAUCGCCUCAUUUCUAUCGGAGGUGUUAAAGUGACGUCUUCGACUCAAGUGCCCAAACUACUGAAGCAGGCUGGAGACAGGGUGGCGAUACAAUAUGAAAGACCAGUUCGUCAUCACACCUCCUCUUUAGGUAACCUUGGAACUCUGCAGGAAGGGUUUGGGCCACUAGAGGAAGGUGGUUUCAUUCCUCAGCCAGGAGGCUACGAGGAAGACCCAGCCCCUAUCACCACCCUUUCUGAUAUAUCCGACAGCAAAGACAUGGACUCUGAGUUUGAGGAGUUGAUUGUGGACACCAAACCUAGUCAGGCAAGUGGACCUAGCAGCAGUGUCACAAACACUACUGACACCAAGGAGGAUUUCUUACUUACGGUAAACCAAAGCCCUAAAAGGACUGUGGCCAACUUGGCCUCUAAGCCCCUAGGUACCAUAUCACCCAUCCUCAACCGCAAGUUAAACCUUGUGGGUCUGCAGUCACCACUAAAGCCCCAACCCAAAGAAUCACCCAAACCCUCACCACAUAAGACCAGUAGUGAUCCAGGUGAAGGUCUGCAACGCCCGAACGUCCCUCCUCCACCUCCUCCCUCCCGUCCCCCAGUCCCACCAAGACCUCAGAUAAGGUUGACAUCAGCACCCUCAGAAAUCAGUCUUUUGGAAAGCGUUGAUUCUGCUCCAACUACUAAUGUUACCAUUGCUCCCACCACGAAUACGACCAUCAGCAUUUCUGAAAAAUCUCCAGAAAAAGUUCCUCUUGCUGGAGCCGGUGAAGAUAAGGCUGCUUCUGAGAAGAUGUGCAUCAAACAAGUGGAAGCAAAGCAGUCAGUCAAACCAGCAGAGUCCAGUGACGAGUUGCUGGGUCCUUCCUCUGUGACCAGCAACAAAUCUGAUCAAGCAAAGGAUAAAGUUUCAGAGAGCUCCUGCAGCACACGAGACAGUCUGGAUGACCACACGCUGUGGGAGUCCCCAGAAACCAUGUUCCGCAAUCAGACAGGACGCUGGUCCAAGGCCUCUGUCGUGUUUGAGGUGGAAAGUAACCAUAAGUACCUUAAUGUGGCCCUGUGGUGCAAAGAUCCCUUUAAGCUUGGCAGUUUGUUGUGCUUGGGUCAUGUCAGCCUCCACCUGGAGCACGUUGCCAUGGAGUGUAUGGCCACAUCUUCUGCAGAGUACCAGAGCACCUUUAGGUUGGGGCCUCCAGAACCUAGAGCUAAUGUCAGCCGCACUGCCCUACGAAGUCUUGGGAAUCACAAGGGCUUCAACGAGAAGCUGUGCUAUGGAGAUGCUACCUUAAACUUCUGUUACCUAGCUGAAGGUGAGUUGGAGUGUCCAGUGGGGCUGAUGGAAAGGGAGCGGGAGGGGAGCCUCCAUGAUGAGGAUCUAAGGGAGAGGGAGAAAGAACCUACUUCCUCAGUAACACGAGAUGAGUUGGCCUACAGCACCAUGCAGUUGCCAGAGGUCCGUCACAACUUCCAGGACACCCAGUUCCAGAACCCUACCUGGUGUGAGUACUGCAAGAAGAAGGUCUGGACCAAGGCAGCGUCUCAGUGCAUGAUCUGCGCCUACGUUUGUCACAAGAAGUGCCAGGAUAAGUGCCUCGCCGAAAAUCCUUUGUGUGUGGCUGCAGCUGAACGUCGUGGAGCCGACCCAGAAGCCAGAUCCACCAUAAACCGGGCCACUGGCAUAACGCGCCACAUCAUCAACACCAGCUCCCGCCUUCUCAAUCUGCGCCAGGUGCCCAAGACUCGGCUUGUUGAGCAGGUCACUGACGCAGUACCUGGAGCUGUGGAGCCCUCACCCAAGCAUACCCCCAACACAUCCGACAAUGAGAGCAGUGAUACCGAGACCUACACCAGCGGUGCCAGCCCUUCCAAGCAGCCCAUCAGCAGCGGGGGCAGCAGUAAGCUGGUGCGAAAGGAGGGCGGACUGGAUGACAGCGUGUUCAUCGCUGUGAAGGAGAUAGGCCGCGACCUGUACCGAGGGCUGCCUACGGACGAGCGGUCCCAGAAACUGGAGCUGAUGCUGGACAAACUACAGCAGGAGAUCGACCAGGAACUGGAGCACAACAAUGCCCUACUGCUGGAGGAGAGGGAGGCCACCGACGCUCGACGGAAAGCUCUCAUCAGCACCGCUCUGGCCAAGUCUGGUGAAAGACUCCAGGCCCUCACCCUGCUGAUGAUCCACUACCGGGCAGGAAUAGAGGACCUGGAGUCGGUGGAGAGCACGUCUCCGUCGGAGCAGCCAGGCUUUAAAGGCAAAGGAGAGGGCCUGGAGGACGAAGCUCUGAUGGGAACGGAGGUGUAUGACAGUGACAUGUGCAGCCCUGUAGAGGUGCAGCUACUGGAUAACAUUACUGAGGAGCAGAUCUGCGUGGAAGCACUCCAUUAGAUCAGCAGAAGAUGUUUACAUCGGCCCGUCAGAAAAUAAAGUCCUCUGUGAUUUUGAUAUUGAAAUUUCAGCAGUCCAUUUUAAAUGUCGGGGAUGUUGAGGUCAGCAUUCGAGCCCCACAUUCUUUUAAUUUUUACAUGACAAUGAAAGGCUGGUUGAAGAACUGGCCUCUUCAUGUGUUUGUGUUUCUGUGAUUUGCACAAUGUGAUGCCAUUUUCAUGAUUUUAAAGGGAAUCUUGAAAGCUGCACUGUUUCCUGCCUUCAGUGGGGCUGCGUCUUUAUUCUCCAGUUUGUUUCUUUAGCUUCAAAACACCAAACAUCUAAGUCACCUUACCUCCCAACCUGUCUGUACUCUGAUGGAAGGAAAAUAUGCACACUUCUUUGGUCUAUUUGUGUGAAUUUGAGCUUAGAAGAAGGAAAACUAUGAGUUUGGACACUCCUACUGGUUCAUCUUGAAUGAGCAGGUGUGCCCAAACCUUUGAGUAUUUCUUGAGUAACAAACCCAUAUAAAGUCAAUGCACCCUGCAGAUAUUCACACAUAACUUUAGUUUGAGGCACUUUUUCAUAUUUAUAUUUAAAUUUUAGAAGCAGCCCCCCGCUCACAAAGCUUUGUGUAAUUGUGACAUGUUUCUAAUAUGAUUGUCUUUCUUUUGGCUUGUUGUGUUUAGAAGUUUGUGGUUAGUUUUUCUUUGUCCUGUGUUGGCUGUAAGGCACCAUUCUCCUCGCAGUCAUUUUAAAAUUAUUAUAAUAUUCAUGUUUCAGCACCAUUUUUUGCGUAGAUCUCGCCUCCAACAUAGAAAACUUUCAUUUGGCACAUUGCUUCUAUAUAAAAGUGAUCAUAGGUGCAAUUUUUUUUUAAAAAAAAGCUCAUUAAUGACUUUUUUUCUUUUUAAUCUCUGAAUGAAUGUUUGCAGGAGCCCAUGUGAUAUAUUUUAAGCUGAUUUAAUGUGUUUGUAUAAAGAUGAUCUCCAUGUUUUACGGAGAGAAAUGGUUUAGUUCAGAUUACAUGCCUUCUGUUGUUCUUUUGCCCAGAUGAAUGUACUGUAUGUUCUUUUUCAGUGUUCUGUGUACAUUCAGCUGUUUGACACACAUCUUCAUCCUUUCUUUAAAACCACGAAGCACGAUCCAUCAGAUAACCUGCUGCAGCUCCCACAACUCUGCUUUUCGUUCUUCUUCAUCCUUAGCGAGCUCCAUGUGAGGACAGGAUGUUAUGGGGAUGUAUGAAGAGGAGAAGCAUCACCUGUCUGACGUCAGUACCAGUCUGCCAUAUUUCACAAGCACACACGAGUCGGCGCUGAGCAGCAAACAUUAAACAAAUCAACCGCCUGCGUUUGGCAGAGAAGCUUGUUUCAGAUUAGUUCCUGCAUGAUGCUCUGCUGGUUUAUCUGUGUUCACUUCCUCCGGGGUGAGAACGCCAUGCGCACAGCUUUACUCAUUCUCUGAGAAAUAAGCAGGGUUUUGGCCUCGUUGUGCUUCAAACACGAGAAUCUGAGCAGCUUUUUAGUCCAACCGUCGGCUACUUUCUAACACGUAUGCUACACUAUGCCCAUUUUUGGCCAUUUGUGUAAAGUUUUCUAUAUCUUCACAAGUUUUUCUUUCCUAACAUCUCCUCACUGAGAAAUUUGACAUUAAAUUUUUUCUAACAGGUUAGCAGAAUACACUCACUACCCUCCUGAGUCACGGAGGACAGAAACUGCUAGAAAACAGAUUCAUAUGUUUUGCUGCAUAAAGCUCUUAAAUGUCAGUCCGGCUCAGAACUACCAAACAUGCAAAGAUUUUGAGGGUUUUAACUUUUUAUAUUUUCACCUGACAAAGAACGAGUUAUUUUCUAUAAAACAAAUUUUGGGUGGCUGGAGGAUGAUUUUUAAAUCUUAUAUCGAUUGGUCAAACAUUUAAAAUAUGGACUUUGAUACGUUAUUAGUUUUUCUUAAAAGUCAAAUUUAAAGUCAUUCAGAACAAAAAUUAUGAAUUUUAAAAAGCACCCCAUAUAAAAUUACAUUUAUAGAAAAUAUCUAAUUUUUAACAUUUUUUUCAUAUCAACAUCAUUUAAUUUGGUAUUUAAAGGGUUCAAAUUCAAACUAUUGUUAAGCAUGUGAUUUUUUUUUUUAUUACAGCUGAAGUUUAUCAAUAGAUUUAUUCCAAAAACAUAGAAAUAUGAAUUUGUGCUGUACUGUAAAGUGGAUAUAGAAUUUUUUUAGUAAUAAUACAUUUUUAAACUGAUGCUACACCAAAACUAUUAUUGCAUCAAAGUCAGUAUUUUGGACAGUGUUUGACUUUUCCAGGACAGAUUUAAAAAAAACACCCUGCCAACCAAAAUGAGUUCUUUUGGAAAAUAGGUUUUUAAAAUAUUGCAUAAUGUAAUCAAACUGGCAUCCAAAAGGGGUUAAAAUUCUUAUUACUGAAGUUGAUCAAUAGAUUCCAUCCAAGAAAAGCAGAAAAAAUAUUAACUUGUACUAGUUUGAGCAUUUUUUGUUCUUAAUGACUUAAGUGGGAUGUGAAGUGCAUUUUAAGACCAAAGCUAUUCAUCCAUCCAGAGCUAAUAUUUCAGCUAAUCUUUAACCUGUGCAAGACCGUCUUUAUGUGGGACUUUUUUUUUUACAUUAAAAACAACAGUAACAAAUGUUCAAGCUUGUGUUUGGUGUUGAAAUCCUCCGUGGUAGUUCUGAGCCGAGCUUAAGUUGUUUAACAGAUUUUUGCGGAAAAAAAGGAAAAUAUAAAUGUGUUUAAUUUUUAUAGCAGUUUUCUGGAAGUGGACAUUUUUUGUCUUUGAGGACUCGAAAAGGUUGAAAAUGAAAGUGAUGCCUGAGGGUUAAAUGAGCUACAGUGAGAUGCAGCAACGCCUUCGUCUGUGAUUCAGAUUUGAUUUAUUCAUGACUGAAACAAAGAAUAAGCACGAGUAAGAACACACAUUUAGGUUUUAUUUCUUAUUUUAUCCAGCAGGAGAAACUCGGGCUGCUCAUUUCCACCACGGCAGCAUCCGUAGAUCACGAGGUCAGCCUGAGACGCUUUUUAAAGUCAAUUUGGUCAAAAAAAACAAGCAUCUUGAUAAACUGAUUAAAUGAAAAACUAGUCUAAAUAAAAUGCUUUAAGCAGCAGGUGAGGGGGGGAAUGGCGCGGAGAUGUGAGGGAAGGAAGCCACGAUGAAGAAUGAGACCAUGUGUGUGAUUUCUCCCGUUUGUCGUCUGUGUGUGCAUCUGUGUGCUGAUGUAACCCGGAGGAUGAUGUGGACCAAUGAAAACCACUUCCUGGACCCCUCUGUCGGCCUCGGGGGCGCUGCUGCUGUUAUGAUGUGCUUUUCCAAAGAACUUGCGCUUCAACCCCUCCCUCCUCCCCCAGCCCGAACCUUAGAGGCUGCACAGGCUGAUCGGCCGUCAGGCUUUCAGCAGGUUAAAACGCUCUUCGUUUCUCUUUGUGUGUUUUUGAAGGAUGUACAACAGUUUUUAAUUUGUUUUUUGAGAAAGGCUUGUGAUGAAGCUUUAUUGUACAUAACUUAAAUAAACGAGAACAGAUAAAUACCCUUAA